CGCUCGCUCAGCACAGACUGCACCAUGUGGGGCUUUGGGCGCCAGCAGGAGCCUCGACAGGCACCCUCAGCCGCGUCCACCUCGACCGCACCCUCUCCUUCCCUUCCCUCUCCUCCUCCUCAUCCGCCUCCGCGCACCCUCGAGUCGCUCAUCCAAGAAGAGCUCCCGGUCCAGCGCCACAGCGUCGAGAUGGAAGGCGGCAUGCCCUCGUGCCUCACCCUGUUCGACAACUUUCUCCUGUGCUACUCUCUCGCGUCGCAAAUCAAGUCGGUCUACCGCCACGGCGCACCGCGAGAAUGCACGCCCAAGUUUGAGGACUUCAAGUUCUGCAUGUCGAUCAAGAACCUCGACGAGGACCAGAAGAACGAGGUGUGGGUCCGCAGGAGGGCAGAGUGGUGGGCUCGCAGGCGCCUCGGCAGGAGCUCAGAGGACGUGUGGGAGGCUCGCAGGGACGUCUACACCGACCCGCUCGAGGACAAGCGCAAGGCCGACGGAUCCGCCCCGCAAGCAUGACGAGCGACGUACUCCCGAGGUACACUGGCCCGACGCCGGCCAAGCGGUCGCUUUCGUCAUCGACGUCGGCUCUUCUCCUUCCGUCCUCUUUUCGCCCUCUCGCCGUCAGCCAGCCCGCACCGCAUCACACCGCAUCGUGCUCGACGGCGCUCUCGUACUCAACCUGUUGCCAUCAUGUAAUGCCGCACUUCCUCGCCC